UUUCGGACGGGAGGAGAGCAGAAGGGGGGCAGUCAUUUAUGCAGAGAAGGAGAGAGAGAGGGGGGGAUCUGCUUUCUACCACUCACACUCUCUCUGUUUGCCCCGAGGAAAACUCACUAGGGGAGACACACUGGGGUUAAAACCAGCAGCAAAUUGUCAGCACUUUUACCAUUAAGCACUGUCUGUAAAUCCCAAACAAAACCCAGGAGUGAAGAAGAGAGGGGGAGAUCUGAAGGAAACGAGGAAGCAGAUUAGCACUUGGCAGCAGGAGUCUGGAGUCAAAGUGCAGGCAGUCACUGAGUGAGAUUCAGAGUGGAAGGUCAUACAAGUGCCUUACCUCCAGCUCUUGGGAACUUUACUGGGCUCUCUCUGCCUUGGCUUUUAUUAGGGGAUUAAAGCAGGACUCUCUGUACUCCCCCCUCUUGCAGGAGCUGGGGACCUGGUUCUAGGGGGCAGCAGGGCAUAUCAUGGCUUUUGGAUGGAUGUCUGGGAGGUCUCUUGUCUUCGACUUUACCCUGCUGCUGGGAAUCCUAUUACCUACAUGCCGGACAAGUACGUUCACCAACCACUGGGCUGUGAGGAUAGCAGGGGGAGCCCUGGAAGCCGACAGGAUAGCUAGCAAAUAUGGAUACAUCAACAUGGGACAGAUUGGGACAUUGGAAGAUUACUAUCACUUCUACCACAGUAAAACUAUCAAGAGGUCCAUCUUAUCCAGCCAGGGCACACACAGUUUCAUCUCAAUGGAACCAAAGGUCGAGUGGAUACAACAGCAGGUGGUUAAAAGAAGGAUAAAGAGAGAUUAUAAACAGAAUAAUGUGCAGUCCACUUUUUUCAAUGACCCUAAAUGGCCAAGCAUGUGGUACAUGCACUGCAAUGACAAUGCUCAUCGCUGUCAGUCAGAUAUGAAUAUCGUGGGAGCGUGGAAAAGAGGAUACACUGGAAAAAAUGUUGUAGUCACAAUCCUGGAUGACGGCAUUGAAAGAAACCAUCCUGACUUGAUGCAGAAUUAUGAUGCUCAGGCCAGCACAGACAUCAAUGGCAAUGACUUUGACCCUAUGCCGCGAUAUGAUGCAAGCAAUGAGAAUAAACAUGGGACUCGUUGUGCUGGAGAAGUUGCAGCAACAGCAAACAACUCACACUGUACUGUAGGAAUCGCUUUCAAUGCCAAGAUUGGAGGGGUGCGAAUGCUGGAUGGAGAUGUGACAGACAUGGUGGAAGCUAAAUCUCUCAGCCUUAAUCCACAACAUGUGCAUAUCUACAGUGCAAGCUGGGGUCCAGAUGACGAUGGAAAAACAGUAGACGGGCCCGCAUCACUGGCUCGCGAAGCUUUUGAGAAUGGCAUCAGAACAGGAAGAAGAGGAUUUGGUUCAGUUUUUGUUUGGGCAUCUGGCAACGGAGGCAGGAGCAGAGAUCACUGCUCGUGUGACGGAUACACCAACAGCAUAUAUACCAUCUCCAUCAGCAGCACCACCGAAAGUGGCAAAAAGCCGUGGUAUCUCGAAGAAUGUGCCUCAACUUUAGCUACCACGUAUAGUAGUGGAGAAUCAUACGACAAGAAAGUGAUUACUACAGAUCUUCGGCAGCGUUGUACAGACAGCCAUACUGGAACCUCUGCAUCAGCACCUAUGGCUGCAGGGAUCAUAGCGCUGGCACUAGAGGCAAAUCCAUUUUUAACCUGGCGUGAUGUCCAGCAUAUCAUUGUUAGAACCUCUCGACAAGGACAUCUAAAUGCUCCAGACUGGAAGACCAAUGCUGCUGGACACAAGGUGAGCCAUCUUUAUGGAUUCGGUCUGAUGGAUGCUGAAGCUAUGGUGAUAGAAGCAGAGAAGUGGAGCACUGUCCCUGCCCAGCACAUAUGUGUAGAGAACACAGACAGGCAGAUCAAGACGAUUCGCCCAGAUAAUGUUGUUCGUUCUAUAUAUAAAGCCACUGGCUGUGCUGACAACACCAAUCACCACGUGAUUUACUUGGAGCAUAUAGUGGUGCGCAUUACAAUCACACAUCCACGAAGAGGAGAUCUAGCAAUAUACCUGACUUCUCCUUCAGGCACCAGAUCACAGCUGCUGGCGAACAGAUUGUUUGACCAUUCCAUGGAAGGAUUUAAGAACUGGGAGUUUAUGACUACUCAUUGCUGGGGAGAGAAGGCCUCAGGAGAUUGGAUUCUGGAGAUUUAUGACACCCCAUCUCAGCUGAGGAACUUCAAAACACCAGGGAAAUUGAAAGAAUGGUCAUUGGUUCUGUAUGGUACAUCUACUCAGCCAUACUCCCCUAGGAAUGAUGUCCCUAAAGUAGAGAGAGUACGUUCUAGCCCUUUGGAGGAACCCUCGGAAGACUACAGUAUGGAUGAAUACUCAGGUCCAUGUGAUGCAGAGUGCAGUGAAGUUGGUUGUGAUGGACCCGGACCAGACCAUUGCAGUGACUGCCUACACUUUUAUUAUAAAGCAAAAAAUAACACAAGAAUAUGCGUAUCAGAAUGCCCCCCUGGCCACUACUUUGCAGACAAGAAGAGAUGUAAGAAGUGUUUCUCAAACUGUGACGUUUGUUUCGGUGGCCGCACUGACCAGUGCACCUCUUGCAAAUCUGGAUAUUAUUUAAAUGAGGAAAGCAACAGCUGCAUCAGUAACUGCCCAGAUGGCUUCUACCUAAAUGAAAAUAAGAACGUCUGUCGAACAUGCAAUGAGAACUGCAAGCGUUGUACUACAGAGCAGAUUUGUACAGAGUGCAGACAUGGCCUAAGUUUACAAGGAUCCAAAUGUGUUGUCAGCUGCGAGGAUGGGAAAUAUUACAGCGUUCUAAAGAAAGAGUGUGAGCCAUGCCACAGUUCAUGUGCCACAUGUACAGGGCCUGGAAUAGAUAACUGUAUCAACUGUACAGAGGAUACUUUACUUGAAGGUGGAAGAUGUGUGCAGUCAUGUAGUAAUGGAUAUUAUUUGGAUCAAACAAAGCCAAAUGUUUAUAGAACAUGUAAAAAAUGUGAUGCCAGCUGCUUAACUUGUUCCGGACCAGGAGAUAAAACCUGCAUUAGUUGUCCGGAGGGCUAUGUACUGGAAGGCAGUGUCUGCAUGGUGGGAACAGUCUGUAAAGAUGGUGAAUAUUAUGAUGAAUCUGGUAGAUGCAGGAUCUGUGACGCCCCCUGCCUUAGAUGUAUUGGCCCUGGAAAUGGCAAAUGUAUAGGUUGUGCAGUUACGAGGAUGUUAGAUGAUGGUCACUGUGUCUUGCAAUGCCCUCCUGGCAAAUACGAAUCAAAUCUUCAGUGCCACCUGUGCCAUCAUACCUGUCACAAUUGUAAUGGCAGUGAGCCUAAUAAAUGUACAUCGUGUACAAAUGAUGAAAAUGGAAGAAUGCGCUUUCUAUACAACGGGGAAUGCCGUUAUACUUGCCCGAAGGGAUAUCGUGCUGCAGAUAACACCUGUGUCCACUGUCCUGAAAAUUGUGAGCUUUGCAGCUCUGAUUAUGGCUGUACAAAGUGUUUCCGAGGGUUCUACUUGGAUGACGACAAUUGCCAGAAACUAGAAUGUGCAGAAGGAGAAGUGAUGGAUCCGGACACGGACAAGUGCAUGUCAUGCGAAGAAGGAUGCAGAGAGUGCCAGCCAUAUGAUCCUUCUAUGUGUAUUUCCUGCAUUGCUGGAUAUUACAUAUAUGAAAACUUCUGCUAUGAUGCUUGUCCUGAGAAUACUUACGGUGUCGACUUUUUGAUGCGUUGCAAUGAGUGUGCUGUGGCUUGUAUUAGUUGCACAGAAAACGAAUGUAUAUUGUGUGAAGAAGGGUUCUAUCUCCAGAAUGGGGUUUGUGUGAGUGACUGCGGCUCAAGGUUUUACUCUGAUGAAUUUGAUAGAGAAUGUGAUACGUGCUAUCGAACGUGCGAAACCUGCAUAGGACCAGACUACGAUGAGUGCACUACUUGCAGAGUUGGCUUUAAGAUGGACAGUGGCAGAUGUACGAGCACUUUAUCAAAGAACCAGCCGAAGGAAGGAACCUACUGGAAUGCAGAAAAAAAUAACUUUCUACCAUGUGAUUCAUCAUGCAAGACCUGCAAUGUAUCGGAUACAUCAUGCACUUCAUGCCCACAAGAAACAUACCUCUUUGAACAGAGCUGCACAGACUCCUGCCCAACAGGGACAUUCAGCAAUGGAAAGGAUAGACGCUGCGAGAAAUGUACAGUUGGCUGUGAAAUAUGUGCCGAAGGUGACAUCUGCGUCAAGUGCUCCAAUAAUUACCUGUAUAAUGGGAGAUGUCUAAAGACGUGUCCAGAAGGGUUCUUUGGACUGAAAGGAAACUGCACAAAAUGCAGCCAGGAAUGUAAAACAUGUGCCCAAAGUGCUAAUUUCUGCUUGUCAUGUGAAAGGCCAAAGGUGCUUGAGCAAACCACUUGUAAAGCUGCUUGUUCCGAUAGUCACAUUGACAUUGAUGGUGUUUGUGAACAUUGCCCUUCUGACUGUUUGACGUGUGCCGAUGAGCAAAUAUGCACAGCCUGUCUUCCUGGUUAUUUCCUUUAUGAGGACAAAUGUCUGCUCUUUUGUCCUGAUGGCUAUUAUAAUGAAGUCGGAAAGUGCAUGCCUUGUGAUCCAAUGUGUGCAAAGUGCAAUGGGCCACUCAGUGAUGACUGUGAGGAGUGUUCCAGCCAUAGCUAUGUUUUGUAUAAUGGCCGAUGCUUUAAGACCUGCCCAAAGAGGACUUAUUAUGAUGUGUUUACCAAAGAUUGCCAAGACUGUGACACUACAUGUGAGUCCUGUUCUUCUGCUACAUCUUGUGAUGAAUGUAAACACGAUCUUUCUAAAAACAGUAAAGGUGAAUGUGUAUCAUAUAAGGAUUGCUCUCUCUAUGAGUACUUACAGGAGCAUAGGGGAUGUCGGCCAUGUCAUAAGCAAUGCUUGAGGUGUACAGGGCCAAGUUCAGAACAGUGCCUAAGCUGCAAAGAUGGUCUCUACCUUCUUGAUUCUACCUGUAUGAAGGAAUGCCCAGAUGGAUAUUACAAAGGUGAAGAAAACCGCUGCCUCCCCUGCCACGGAACAUGUAGCACAUGUAGUGGGAGAAGUAGUACUAGCUGUAUGUCUUGUAAAGCUGACAGGUAUUUCCUGGGUCACUCCUGCAAGGAGGUCUGCAUCCCAGGGUAUUAUGCUGACAAUUCAACGGGCAAGUGUGAAAAGUGUGACAAGACAUGUGAAAAAUGUUCCGGUCCACAUUCUACUGACUGUCUCUCCUGCCCCAAGAAUUACUUCUUGAUGCACAGUAAACAACAGUGUUAUAGCUCAUGCCCAGAGUCUUACUAUGAAAACAAGAUGAAGAGGACCUGUGAAAGAUGCCACACAAGCUGCAAAUCCUGUGAUAGAUUUGGGGCUUUUUAUUGUACAUCUUGCGCAUGGGGCUACCAGCUGUUGACAGGAAGUUGUAUCUCGGAAUGUCUCGCUGGAGAGUAUAAAGUCAAAGAGGACCCAGAUGUGAAAUGUGACAGAUGCCAUGAUAGCUGUGUAGAGUGUAAGGGACCAGGCCCUCUCAACUGCACAGUGUGUCCAGCAAGUUUUGUUCUAUAUGUGGACGAAAGUCGAUGUGUUCAUUGCUGCACUACCAAACCAGAGGAUUCAGGAGAAUGCUGCGAUUGUGCUGAAACACUAGAUGAAUGUAUAUUAAGGACUGGGCUUUUGGCAGAAAACAAAGGAAAUAAGAAGAUUGCACUGUUUAUUGCUACGUUUAUCCUGUUGAUGCUCAUCAUUGGCGGCAUUGUAUUUUUUUGGCGCCGAUAUAAGGCAAAAGUUAAGUCUGUCACCAAAGCUGGCUACGAAAAGCUUCCAGAUCAAUCAAAAUCAUUCCAGUCAUUUAAGAGUACCAGAGAAAGUACUUCUAGCUUCCAGCAUGACCAAGUAAUUGAGUAUCAUGACCGCGAUGACGACGAGGAAGAGGACGAUGACGAUGAUGACAUUGUGUACAUGGGCCAGGAUGGGACAGUGUAUAGGAAAUUUAAAUAUGGACUUUUGGAAGAUGAAGAUGAUGAGGAUUUAGAGUAUGAUGAUGAAAGCUAUUCAUUUAGAUAAUGUAUUAAAUUAAUGGUUUUUUUUGGUCAAACAGAAAUAAAGGGAACUGAUAAUGCAUAUAUGUUUUUAGAACAUAACAUAACAAAAGGGAGAUCUAUUGGGAACAUUUGUUAAGCCAUUCAUGGUGCAAAGGGAGUUGUUAUAAUUAAAUGAUGUUAUUUAACUUUAAAACACAGCCUUAAAGAAGUGUACCACAUUUUUCUUUUUUAUUUUGGUGCCAGGUUGCAAAAAUGUUUGUUUUUGACUGCUGUACACUUGAAAUAAAUUCCUCUGUUUAU